AUGGCGACGAGCGUCGAUGCCAAACUGCUCAAGCAGACCAAGUUUCCACCUGAAUUCAACCAGAAGGUGGACAUGACCAAGGUCAACAUUGAGGUCAUGAAAAAAUGGAUAGCAGGGAGACUGUCAGAAUUACUGGGAAACGAGGAUGACGUUGUCAUUGAGCUCUGUUUCAAUCUUCUCGAAGGGUCUCGUUUUCCCGACAUCAAAUCUCUCCAAAUUCAGCUAACCGGGUUUCUCGACAAAGACACGCCCAAGUUCUGUCAAGAGUUGUGGAAUCUUUGCCUCAGUGCUCAAGCAAAUCCCCAGGGCGUUCCUAAGGAACUUUUAGAAGCGAAGAAGAUGGAAUUGAGGCAAGAGAAGUUGGAAGCAGAAAGAGCCGCCGAAGAAGCGCGUCGACGAAGGGAAGAAGAACGGGCACGUGAGCGAGAACUCGAAGCUAUCAGACAGAGAGAAAGAGCCGAACGGAGCAGAAAUUGGAGCGGCGGGGGUCGAGGUCGAGACUAUGACAGGCGAGACUAUGACAGGAGAGACUCCCGCUCACCACCUCCACGACGGCGAAGUCCCGAUCGAUACCGUUCACGGCGAUUGGCAGAUUCUUAUGUGCCACGGGGUUCUCGUUGGGAACGAAGUCGGCGCUCAUCCAGGUCAAUUUCUCGCUCUAUUUCUCGUACCCCGUCCUACUCUCGAUCGCCACCCCGUCGGUCUUACUAUUCGGAUAGAAGAUCAAAGGAGAGGAGGCGUCCGCGGUCUUAUAGCAGAUCCCCGUCUCCUGAUAGGAGGGCGCGCAGGAGGGACAGGAGUCGCAGUCCGGAUUACGGUGAUGACCGAGCUAGAUCUCGUACCCGUAGUUAUUCGUCUCGCUCACCUACUCCCAGAAGAUACCGACGGAGAUACUCGUCCGCGUCUUCUCGCAGCCCAUCACGGUCUCCCGUGCGCAGGUCCCGGCGAUGGAGAAGAGAUUAUUCUCCCCCCAGAUCUAGAUCCAGAUCAGUAUCACGCUCCCGUUCUCGUUCCCGCUUGAGCUCUCGAGGGCCGAGAGGCGGAGCCAGGGGGAGACGAUCGUUAUCUAAUGAUUCAAGAGUGGAUAAGAGAGAGUCACGCGCUGAUGUUGGCAAAGGCCGAACCUACCGAGAUGACCGCCGAUUGAGUCGCAGCCUAAGUCGCAGUCCCAGCAGAGACCGAAGACGCCGAAGCUACAGUCCAAGCGACCGGGGUCGCACGCGUACCCGAAGUCUCAGUUCGAGACGAGAUCGCUCGCGUAGUCCUAGCCAUAGGAGGGAGAAGAAGCGGCGUCGGUCCAUUGAAAGAUACGCGCCUAUUGGCCGAAGACGGCGCAACACGUCGUCCGUGUCACCGGAUGAAAAACGGCAAAGGACGGCUGAGCCAGAGGAUACCGCGAUGCGGUCGCCGCCACGUCAAAGCUCAGAUGACAGAGCGGAAGACAGUCAGGCCCCGCAGCCGCGGCCGAAUCCGAUUAAUCGACUAUCUGCCACUGAAUUGCGUGAGAGGGUACUACGAGAAAAACUCAAAGCCAUGCGCCGGACAAGCGUUAACAAAGUAGAGGACAAGAAAUAG